GUUGAGUAGUAUGGACUAGCAGUUCUACUGGAGGCAGCGCGGACUCUUAUCAUCGUUUCUCGUCGGCGAAGAGGAAUGCCAGUCAUAUCCAGGCAUUGAUCAGGCAAUACUUUGAUUGGCAGAGCUGUGCCGGCCUUGCAUGCGGUACAUUCCUGGCUUCCUUCGAGAAUGUCCGAAGAACUGCUGGAUGAAGUCACGUCUAUCAAUUCCAUCUACGGCGAGAGCACGAUCAUUCCAUUGGACGAAAUUUCUGGUCUAUUUGCUCUGACUCUCCCGGCCCGACCAGAAAUCGUAUUGCGGCUUGAGUUCCCGUCCAACUAUCCCGAUGCGCCUCCUUCUAUCCUCGGUACGCAGUCUGUCGGGAACGACGUCGCUAAAGGCGAAGGAACGCACGUUGUCGAUAUUGUGCGGGACGUCUUGUCAGAGAUCUAUGCACCCGGAGCAGCCUGUGUUUUUGAUCUCAUCGAGGAAUCCGGGCAGAGAUUGGAGCAGCUCGGCCUGGAUCAGGUCUCAAAGGACGAGGAGCAACAAGCUGCUCAGAGGAACGGUCAGGACGAAUCUCACGAAGUGCCAAAUGCUUCCGUCUCUGACUACCAGCAGUCUGUAGACGAUCUAGGCGACCCGCCGCCGUGGACGUUGUCGGAAGUUGUAUCAGAGAAGAAGUCCAUCUUUGUCGCUCGUUCCGCUCCGGUGUGCUCAGUGGACGAGGCGAAAUCCUAUCUUGCGCACUUGCUAGCCACCGAUAAGAAAGUCGCCAAAGCCACGCAUAACAUCACCGCCUGGCGCAUCCGAGGCGACAAUGGCACUCAGUACCAGGACUGCGACGACGACGGAGAGACUGCCGCAGGUGGUAGACUGCUACACCUCCUGGAGCUCAUGAAUGUUUGGGGCGUGAUGGUCGUGGUCACUAGAUGGUAUGGCGGCGUUCAACUUGGACCCGAUCGCUUCCGGAUUAUCAACCAAUGUGCCAGAGACGCGGUUGUCAAAGGCGGCCAUGCUGCGCAAGAACCUUACAGCAAAGAUGCCGGCAAGAAGAAAGGCAAACGAUGAGUCCCACUCACAGAGAGUAUGGAUUUAGCGAAGCUUUCCGAUUCAUCCGGCGGACUCGUUCGGAUCGACCACACAGCCUCAACGAAGGGCCGCGACUUGAAGACAGUCCUGGCUGCUGCUCGGCCAGAGAAGCAGGCUUCGUGCACAGCCGACACUCACUGAAGUCGGGCUACGUGGCAUGCUGCGCAGUAUGAGUGUCGUCCAGAGCGAAGUGUAUGGCAUGUCCCGAUCGCGCAGUGCUGUCUGCGUCAAUUAUUGACUAGAAGCUGCACCUCGAGGAUGUGUGGUUCCCAAGCGAUCUGGUCACCUGCAUCGUGCAUGCAGCUCGUGGACCUGCGCUUUCGCUUCGACUGGAGGAUCAAUGUGCUAGUCAUCGAAGC